AUUACUACCCUUCAUCUUGCCGUCUUUCUUCUGCGUGCUGGAUGAAUUCUAGAACUAGAUAAUUACAUUUCCUUCCCUUGUUGCACGCGAAAAAGCCGACCAAUUCGCAGUUCCACUGUCCGAGGUUGCAAAACCCGGUCGGUGGAUCUCAAAGAUUCGGUUUCCUUCCUGCAACAUGCUCACCACCUCCCUCUAUCUCUGCAGAUUUCGUUGCAUCUUACUUUCAGCCGGCAUCGCAGCUUCAGAAUCUGCGGCUCAUGAACAUGCCGCCAACUCAGCGUCUCACAACAGGGAUCAUGCGACCCGUUUGACAGUUCGUGCUCCAUCAACAUGGAGUGCAGCCGGCACGCCGUGCCCUUCAGUUCCGUUUUUUCAUCCUUUUAUGUGCUGCGGAGAUGCCUCCGCAGUACUUUCCCAUCGUAUUGUACACCCAUCAGCCAGAGCGCGAUACUAUGCCUUGUUGGCAUUGUGAGCUGCACCUUUAUGAUGUGUUGCCUGCCACUGCAUUCCAUCAAACCUUCUCGCCGUACACACUACACCUCACAGCCAAACCCCAAAAUCU